UGAAAUAUAGAUUUUGGAAAGCAGAAAACAAAUGAACUCGAAUCAAAUCAAUUUCAUUAAAAGGAUUUUCAAAGAAAAUCAAAACCCUAACUCUCUGAUUAGGAAGAAAAGGAAAAUCUGGCUUUCUUUAAUCUUUUCUCUGUGUCUGCAAAUCUGUUUAAUCUGAAGUGACAUCUUCCAAAUCUCUUGUGUUCCUUCCGUUGGAUAUUAUAUUUCUCCUGUUUGUUGCUCUUCCUUCGUCUCAAUUUACGAUAUUACGACAAGAAAAUCAACUGUUGGGUCAAGUGAAGAAAAUAAAGGCCGUUUUGGAGUACCAUGGUUUGGCUGUUGUCCUAUCAAAUUAGUCGAAGCGUGCAUAAGUYGGUGUUCUUCUUUUGGGGCAAUUGUUGGAGCUAUUUCCCAGUAUUCAGGGUGGCCUUGGUUGAGUGAAUCUUGUUACAAUAUGUUUGGCAGAAGUUGUUUUUACCCUGUCUUAGAAACAUUUCUUUGGCAUUUGGCAAGCAGGAUUUCUGGMGGUUCUUCGGAAUAUUGAGUUAGAGAGAAAUAGAAGAGUUUUUACRGGUCUUGGGAGGUUGUUUGGAGUUUGGCCUCCUUUAAUGUAUCCUUUUGAGCUGUUGAGUCUAUAUAUUGGUCUGGUUGGAUCUAAGACUUGUUUAUUUGUCUUUAGAAUUAAGCAACAAGUUUCUUCUCUUAAUACUAUCAAGGUCUUAUUUGAUUUACUUAUUUCURUCAUAAUUUUGCAUUCUGUUUUAUGUAUGUGUGUUUGGUUCAAGCAUCCAGCAGUGUGUGAAAGUGUCCACGUGCUUUACUAUUCGUGCAGCGUUUGACAGGGGCAUCCGGUAAAUCAUAAAUGUCCUCAAGAGGAACACUUCAACCGCUAUACAAUGGACGUCCUGUUCGGGCUCCAGGGUUGAUGCGGCAUGGUCCAUUUCCUGGAUCAGACUCCACUGCUGGCCACCAGUCAUCCAAGUCAUUGCAUCCUCUUGAAUUAUUAGAAGAUAAAUUARCUGUUCAGACAUCUGACAUAGAAAAACUUGGAAGGGAAAAUCAUAAGUUGGCAACAGCUCAUGUCACUUUGAGGCAAGAACUCGUGGCUGCCGAGAAGGAAAUACAAACCAUGCGGGCACAUAUUCGAAGCAUUCAGACAGAAAGUGAUAUUCAGAUGAGAGUAUUGGUAGAUAAGAUUGCAAAAAUGGAGGCAAGUAUUAAAGCCGGAGAGGGGUUGAAGAAGGAUUUGCAACAGGCACACAUGGAGGCACAGGGCUUGGUCAAAGAUAGACAAGAAUUGACCUUCCAAAUUCAACAAGCGACUGAGGAAUUGCAUAAAACAGAGUCUGAUACAAAGAAUCUACCCAAUUUACAUGCCGAGCUCGAGGAUUUGAGGCAACAGCACCAAAGGCUACGGGCUACAUUUGAGCACGAAAAAGGUUUGAAUAUAGAGCUAGUGGAGCAAAUGAAAGCAACGGAAAUGAACCUGGUUGCCCUGGCAAGGGAAGUAGAGAGGCUGCGAGCUGAGGUUUUGAACGCGGAGAAAAGGGCAUACGCACCAAAUGCAUAUGGUGGUGCAUACAUAAAUUUGGAUCCGUCGUACCCACCGCACAUGUCCGGUGCCAAUGGCUACACCGACUUGUAUGGAAGGGUGCCAGUCACAAUGGCUUCUAUGGCCCCAGGAGACGGUCAAAUUCCUCAUCCCAUUGAUAACAGCCAGGCCCCCGCUGGAACGGUUGCAGGUGUGGCUGCCCCUGUUGGCGGAAGUGCUGGCUAUGAAGCAACGAUCGAUCCGUCCAUCACUCGGAGAUAAGUGCAAGGCCAUGUUUGUUUGAUCAGAUUAACUGACAUCCAUCUUUUGUUAGUAGAAAAUAUACAGAUCUUUAGUUCCAAGUUUCCCCCUGUUAACAUUUUUAGUAUCUUGCAAACACAAAGAAUACCAUCAUUUUAACAUUUAUCAUUCAUGGCAAACUUGAUGUAAUUUUUGCCAAGAAAUAGUUCACUCCCUUCUUGGUUUAUUUUGAAGAAAUCAACUUUCUGCAUUUGGGUACAAGUUGAUUGACUGAAAUGGAAUUGGUGAGCUUGGAAGUAA